AUGGGAGAUCAGAAUCGCUUUUGGAAAACUGAAUACAGAGGUGAAUCACACCGCCGCUCAAAUGGGUAUCACAUCGGCGGAAAAUCCUACAAACUUAAAAAGAAAAACGCCUACGGCUCUUGCUCCACUUAG